GCUGUUGCCAGACAGGGACCCCCUGUGUCCCAGCCCUCAUCUGCUCUGCAUCCGCGUGGUCUGGACCACAGAUGAACACAGGUUUAGGAAAAGCUGGACUUGAUUUCUCCUCUCUUCCACAGCUUCAAAUUGGGCAAAGAUCAAACCUAGGUGCUGCAGCUAGCUGGAGGUUCAUCCCAGCACAUGAACCUACCCAUGCUCUGGCUCCACAUCCAGCCCCGAGAGAUGGAACUCACAGUGAGGAUACAUCCUGACGUGGCCACCGUGUGUGUCCCGCUCUGCGAUAGCUGGGGUGAAUUAGUGAUGCUCAGCAGGCCUGGGAGAACAAGAGGGAUCCAUUCUCAGAGCUACGCUGGAGCGAGCUGUGUGCAGGCUGUUCCUGGAGAAAUACGGCUACUUCAGUGAGCCAGGGCCCGGCACGCACAGCCCCGCCGAGUUCAUGGAGGCGGUGAGGGACUUCCAGCGGGUGACCCACCUCCCGCUCAGCGGGGUCCUGGAUGCCCCCACGCUCCAUCAGAUGGCCCUGCCACGGUGUGGCACAAGCGAUGGGGAGAGCCGCGGUGCCUGGGCACGCCGGGCAUCUACCGCCCGGCGCCGGCGACAAACCACGCCACAUGGUGGGAGGUGGUACAAACGGCACCUGACCUACCGGGUGGUGAACUGGCCGUCCUACCUGCCACAGCACGAGGUGCGCCUGGCCGUGAAAGCUGCCUUCGAGCUCUGGAGCAACGUGUCCUCGCUGGUGUUCUGGGAAGCACGGGACGGCCCAGCCGACAUCCGCCUGACCUUCUUUCAUGGGGACCACAACGAUGGACUCAACAAUGCUUUUGAUGGACCAGGAGGUGCCCUGGCUCACGCCUUCUUCCCCCGGCGCGGAGAAGCCCAUUUUGACAGUGCUGAGCGCUGGUCCCUGCACAGCGGCAAAGGGCGAAACCUAUUCGUCGUGGUGGCACAUGAGAUCGGCCACACGCUGGGGCUGGAGCACUCCCCCGUCAAGAGCGCCCUGAUGUCUCCUUACUACAAGAAGCUCAGCAAGGAUUUUGUCCUCAGCUGGGAUGACAUUUUGGCUGUCCAGAACUUGUAUGGGAAGCCUUCCAAGGGCUCGGCCAUCCAGCUCCCGGGAAAGGUCUUCACCCACUUCCAGGACUGGAGUGUGGACCUUUACGGUGGGGACCGGCAGCAGAAGAGCCUCAGCGCCUAUUACUGCCACUCCUUCUUUGAUGCCAUAACCACUGAUGCAGAUCACAACCUCUACAUCUUCAAGGGCAGCCACUACUGGGUGGUGACAGCAAGCGGCAAUGCCAGCAACCCGCAGCCUCUGCAGCCACGCUGGCCUGGGCUCCCCCCCAGCAUCGACGCCUGCACCUGGUCCCAGCUCAGUGGCAAAUUUUACUUCUUCAAAGGUGGCCGGUGCUGGCGCUACGUGGGCUCCACCUUGGAGGCAGGUUUCCCCCAGAAAUGCAGCACCCGAGGCCUCCCACGCCACCCCGACACGGCGCUCUACUUCCAGCAGCUCCAGCGCCUGGUCCUCUUCAAAGGAGCCAAAUACUUCGUGGUGAGCGAGGAGACCCUCGGCGUGGAGCCUUAUUACCCCCGCAGCCUGUGGGACUGGGAGGGUUUGCCCCCCGGCACAGCGGGUGCCCUUACCCACCGCGACGGCUUCAUCUACUUCUUUCGGGAUGACCAGUACUGGCAAUUUGACCGGGUGAAGCUACAAGUGGUGGCCACUGGCAAAUGGGCCACCCAGCUACCCUGGAUGGGCUGCUGGGAUGCCAACAGUGGGCAGGUCCUCUUCUGAGCAGAGUGUACUGGGACAAAACUGGGGGGGGCUGACCCCCACCUUGCUCACUGCUGUCUGGGUCCCUCUUUAUGUGACUCUGGAUUCCUGUCUGGGGAUGGCUGAGCAGGGGCUGGCAGGUCGGGGAUGCCUGUGGAUGAUUGGAGCCAUGCCCCAGGAUGCAGCCAGGACAGGGCAACCAUCAGCUCAGGCGAGUCUGCCACGGCCAGGUGGGCUGAAAGCUUUGGGAGACCUUUUUCUUAUCAAAAAAGACCACAAAAGAAGGUAUAAGCCAUGGAGACUGCAAACACACCAUUUCUGUUUGUGUUCAGGAUAUCGUUACGCAUUUAUUUUCAAACUGGGACUGGGGUUUGUUGAUAUUUCAGCUGUCGUUUUCCCAUGACCAGCCAGAGAAGUGCCUCACCAUUGCCUGGUUUGGAGCUCGGGUGCUUUUAAAUAAGAGACUGAGAAUGUUUCCUUGUUAAAACAAAAAGAAAGAGACAUUUGGACAAAAAUACAGGUCCAUGUUGAGCUUUGCCCCCUCUGUGUUGGCAGAGCCCCACUCCUGCCUCAUCCCAUCCCUUGCCCUGGGGAUGGAGGUCGCACCUGGGUGGGGAACAGGUGCUUUGCUGGGCUUGCUGGAGACACCCACACCACAGGAUUUUUUGGGUAGAAAACAGAGGGUUUUGGUGUAGGAGGCUCUUUGGGGUGAAACGAGGUGGGAGGUGGAGCUAAGCUGCUGCCAAUGUCGCUAUGCAGAAGCAUUGCAGCUCGGCUUUGCGAUGAGUCAGGGGAUUCUCCAGUGUCUACUAAGGGUUGUGCUCACCUCACAGCCAUUGUGUACAGAGAAAGGGUCUGUCCUCUGCUCUGCCUCUGCCAGAGGCAGGAUCAACAUAUUUUUGAGUCCUGUGCCCCUCUGCCACAGUUGGAUGAACAGGGUUGAAAUAUUACUGGGGAAGGAGGGGAAGAAGAGUGGGUGAGCAGGACAGACGGACGUGUCUGUGCAUGCAGGCUUAUGAGGACAACUCAGCUGCAUGAUCCUCAUUCCUUUCUCAAAGCAGACUCCCCACCUGGAAACACCGCUGGCUCCUGUGCACCAAGUCACGGCUGCAAAGGGCUUUUGGUGCUGCCAGGUGCCAACUGAGAUGUGGAUUUGGCAGGAUGGGAGUUAACGUGGGCAGUUCUGUCCGUUCUCUGUAAUAUUUGUGAGUGAGCCCUUUCUGCACAGACACGGGGACUCAUCUGCUCAUGGCUUAAAAUCUCAGGGGACUUUCAAUGUUGCCAAAGAAACGGGGCUGUUUCAUUUUUAUUUUGAAUUGAAUGAUAAUAAGGCAACACUGCUUGCAGGGGGUCCCAAGGGCUUGGAGACCUGAUGGCAAAUAAAAUGAACCUCUGAAUAUGUGA